AUGCUGAGGGGAAACCAGAGCCAUAUUCCUGAAUUCCUCCUUCUGGGACUGACCAGUGACCCCAAAUAUCAGGAGUGGCUCUUUACCAGCUUCCUAGUCAUGUAUCUGGUCAACGUGGCUGGCAACUCAGUCAUCAUUGCAGCCAUCCGGGGGGACACCCGCCUCCACACCCCCAUGUACUUCUUCCUCUCCAAUCUGUCCCUGGUGGAUGUCUGCUUUACAACCGUCAUCGUGCCACGGAUGCUGGCAGACAUGUUGAGCAAGACCAAGAAGAUCCCCUUUGCCCAAUGCCUCACACAGAUGUAUUUCUUUGUGGCCUUUGGGAUCACUGACAGCUUCCUCCUGGCUGCCAUGGCUAUUGACCGCUACAUGGCCAUCUGUAACCCACUGCAUUACACCACGACCAUGAGCCCCCAGCGCUGUCUCCUGCUGGUGACGGUGUCCUGGGUGCUGUCCCACCUUCACUCACUCACCCACACGAUUCUCAUGGCCCGCCUCUCCUUCUGUGGGCCCAACGUCAUCCACCACUUCUUCUGUGACGUCCAGCCACUGCUGACGCUCUCCUGCUCUGACACCUCUGUCAAUGAGCUUUUGGCCUUCACAGAGGGCUCCUUGGUGAUCAUGAGUCCCUUCAUCUUGAUCAUUGUCUCUUACGUCCACAUCACCCGUGCCGUUCUGAGGGUCCCUUCUCGAGGAGGCAGGCACAAGGUCUUCUCCACCUGUGGGUCCCACCUCACAGUUGUGGCACUCUUCUAUGGGACCAUAAUAUUCGUGUACAUUCGCCCCUCAUCCACCUACUCAGUGACAAAGGAUCGUGUGAUCACUGUCAUCUACACAGUGGUUACCCCCAUGCUGAAUCCUUUUAUUUAUAGUCUUAGGAAUAAGGACAUGAAGCAGGCCUUGAAAAAGCUGAUCAGGAGAGUAGAAUAG